UCGACAACCUUCGAUACUCAACCUUCUGUUGAAACAUCUUUUUAUAAGUAAUGAAAGACAACUUAGUAUUGUUUCUUUUUAUUUGUCUGAUGGUUUGUAAAGGAGCCAUCAUCACUCCUUUCCGGACAAAAAUCGUUGGAGGUUUCCCGGCAGACAUCACCGAUAUCCCAUACCAGGCAUCUCUUCAUCGGUAUGGAGCUCACUUCUGUGGAGGCUCCAUAAUUUCUGAUAAAUGGAUCCUGAUGGCAGCGCACUGCACCAUGGACGAACCUGCUCCGGAAGCAUACGCUGUUCGCGUGGGAUCUACGGACCGCAAUCAAGGAAGCCUUCUAGCGGCCGUUAAGACCAUCAUCCAACAUCCGGACUAUGAUCGUGAUUCCUGGCAGUACGACUUCACCCUGCUCGAGUUGACUGAUAAGCUCCCCCUUCGAAAAUCAAUUCAACCGAUUGAGCUUACCCAGCUUGAACCGGAAGUUGGUCAGCUUUGCUUGGUAUCCGGUUGGGGAGCCACGCUGACGACUGAGGAAUCCGACGAACUGUUACGGGCCGUGGCCGUUCCGGUGAUCAAUCGAGAAGCUUGUGCCGAAGCCUACGAGGACUUUCAGCGCGUUACGGAUAGUAUGAUAUGCGCUGGGGAUUUGGAGCAUGGUGGUGUGGAUGCGUGUUUUGGCGAUAGUGGUGGACCAAUGGUUGCUGAUGGGGUUCUGGUCGGAGUGGUGUCCUGGGGCAAGGGAUGUGCCCAACCGCGUGCCGUGGGAGUGUACUCUAAUGUGGCUGUUGUGCGGGAUUGGAUAACGGUGAUUUCUGGUGUUUGAAUAAA